CCCGCCCCCCCACCCGGCAACCAUGCGCCUGCACAAGUGCUGGUUCUGCUCGGCGACCAUCUACCCGGGGCACGGCAUCUCUUUUGUGCGCAAUGACGCUACCAUGUUCCGCUUCUGCUCCUCCAAGUGUCAUAAGAACUUCAAGAUGAAGCGCAACCCCCGCAAGGUCAAGUGGACCAAGGCCUUCCGCAAGGCGCGGGGCAAGGAGCUUGCGGUGGACUCGACGUUUGACUUUGAGCGUAAGCGGAACCGCCCUGUCCGCUACAACCGCGAGCUCGUCUCGGCGGCGCUCAAGGCCAUCAAGCGAGUCGACCAGAUCCGUGCCGCCCGCAAGAAGGCCUUCUACAAGAAGCGCAUGGACGCAGUCAAGUCGAUGCAGCGCAAGGCCGAGGAGACUGAGAUUCGCACCAACAUCUCGCUCAUCGCUCCGCAGGGCACCGCCGAUCUCUCCGUGGAGGAGAUGGCCCAGACCGUCACCCGCACCGUCGCCGAGCGCAAGGCCCGCUCCACCCGCGUCAUCGCCUCGGCCCGCCGCAAGGCCGGCGCCGCCAACAUGUCCGAGUCAGACUCGGACUCGGAGGCCAACUGAUCGCCCUAUUCUGUCCAUUCCCGGCGGUCGGCCAGAGCGCCACAGAGACCUGCGGCCUCGGCACUGCAGCCGCGCCCGCAGCCGCCUCCCUCCCGCCCUUGCCUCCUCCAAUCCCAUCCCCGCCACCAUCCUCUCAUCUCCACCGCCACCCCCUUUACUCCACCCCCACACCGGGCCUCUCCACCCCCAUCCAUCAAAUCCUCCUGCACCAAA